AACCUCAACGUCAUAGUCAAAGUCCAAGUCGCUAAUAAAGAUCAUGGGAGCCAUUUUCUUUUACACCAUUCAUCAGACGGAGAGAACGGGGAAGGUAGGAAGAGGCGUGGUUCACACAUGGCGCACAAUAGCGAGCUGAUGGUCGAUCCCAGGAGUGGGUUUUGCAGAUCGAACUCCGUUUUUUAUAGUAAACGUAAUCCCGUUUCUCUGCCGCAGAAGGAGUUUAUCGACGUCACCACCUUCAUCUCUUCCCGGCCUCAUCCUGGGAAGACGGCCUUCAUCGACGCGGCCUCAGGCCACCGCCUCAGUUUCUACGAAGUCUGGAGAGCCGUCGAUGCCGUGUCGAGUUGUCUCGCCGACAUGGGGAUCCGGAAAGGCCAUGUCAUCCUUUUGCUGUCUCCCAACUCCAUUUUGUUCCCCAUCGUUUGUCUCUCGGUGAUGUCUCUCGGCGCCGUGAUCACUACCACGAACCCACUCAACACGGCUCGCGAAAUCGGCAAGCAGAUAGCCGAUUCCAAGCCUGUUCUUGCGUUCACGAUUCCGUCACUCGUGCCCAAACUCGCGGGGUCGAAUCUGCCCAUUGUGUUGAUGGGGGGAGAGGGAAACACCCCAGCUCCUGCUGGGGUUGUGGGUUCAUUAGAAGAAAUGAUGAGGAGGGAGCCGAGUGGGAAGCGAGUCGGGGAGCGAGUUAACCAGGAGGACACGGCGACGCUGCUCUACUCGUCCGGCACCACCGGCGCGAGCAAAGGAGUGGUGUCGUCGCAUAGAAACCUCAUCGCCAUGGUUCAGACCAUCGUGAGCCGGUUCAGCUCCGAAGAUGGAGAGCAGACCUUCAUCUGCACCGUCCCCAUGUUCCACAUCUACGGCUUAGCGGCGUUCGCAAUGGGUAUGCUGGCGUCGGGAUCAACGGUGGUGGUGCUCUCGAGAUUCGAGAUGGAUGAGAUGCUUUCUUCCAUCUCCAAGUACCGAGCCACGUGCCUGCCUCUCGUGCCGCCCAUACUGGUGGCGCUCGUUCACAGCGCUGAUAAAAUUAAGGCCAAGUACGAUUUGAAUUCUCUACAAUCUACUCUCUCCGGUGGAGCUCCACUGAGCAAGGAGGUCAUAGAGGGGUUCGCAGAAAAAUACCCAUCUGUGAAAAUUCUUCAAGGAUACGGCCUGACAGAGUCCACCGGCAUCGGAGCUUCUACGGACUCUCUGGAGGAGAGCCGCCGGUACGGGACGGCGGGGCUGUUGUCGCCGAGCAUGGAGGCUAAGAUCGUGGACCCAGGAAGUGGAAAGGCAUUGACGGUGAACCAGACCGGAGAGCUUUGGCUGAGAGGUCCCACCAUUAUGAAAGGUUAUUUCAGUAAUCCAGAAGUGACUACAUCCACUCUUGAUUCAAGUGGAUGGUUGAGAACUGGAGAUCUCUGCUACAUCGAUGAUGAUGGAUUCAUUUUCAUUGUUGAUAGGUUGAAGGAGCUGAUCAAAUACAAAGGAUAUCAGGUUCCUCCAGCUGAACUAGAGGCCUUGUUACUUACUCACCCAGAGAUUGCUGAUGCUGCUGUUAUACCAUUCCCAGAUAAGGAAGUGGGGCAAUAUCCUAUGGCAUACAUUAAUAGAAAAGCAGGAAGCAAUCUGUCCGAGUCUGCGGUCAUGGAUUUCAUAGCAAAACAGGUGGCUCCAUACAAGAGAAUCCGGCGAGUCGCAUUUGUAGAUUCCAUUCCCAAAAAUGCAUCAGGCAAGAUUCUGAGGAAGGAUCUCAUACAACUUGCAACCUCCAAACUCUGAGAAGUUGUCUGGGUUGCUUCUUGGGCGUCAUGGAUUUGGAAAAGUAAUAAUAAUAAUGUUGACUCCAAAUCCAUCAUGAUAACAUGUAUGUUAUAAUUUAGCCCCCCUUUUGUUUUUUCCUUCUCUUUUUGGGUUAUUGAUUGGGUUUGAUCAUUGAUGUGAAAGAUUCCAUUUGGUGUUUGGGAAAAGUAGAACAUGGAAAAGUGUCUUUGAGCAAGCGAGGAGGCUUCCCAUCAAACUCAAUUGGGGCCUAUCAGUUUGGAUUUUUCAUGUGAUUUCAUCAAGCAGAACCACACAUACACAACAUUUGUUCAAUGCAUUCUUUUUAGUUC